AUGGCAUUUAAUAGGAGGUUUUCUACAAAAGAUAAAGGUGUAAAGUUGAAGUCUGCAUCUCAUUGUAAUGAUGAAGAUUGUUUCUAUGAUGAUAGACCUCCUGGUAAUAAAGGUGAUGCUGGUCCUAGUGGUCCAAAAGGAGAAAAUGGUUUCCCGGGUCCAAUAGGAUUACCAGGAUGGCCGGGAGCAAAGGGUACCUCAGUAGAUAUAAAUUUUAUAACUAAUUUUUUAAAAAAUGUGGACCUACCCCGUGGGCCCAUUGGUCCCCCAGGGGCUGAGGGUCAGAAAGGUGAACCUGGUAUUACAGGGUUGAGAGGUCUUCCAGGAUUCCAGGGUCCGAUUGGUCCACCGGGUAAAAGUGGCUUGCCUGGGUCACCAGGUUUAAAAGGAGAAAGAGGAGAAAAGGGUGAACAAGGAACAAAAGGAGACAAAGGAGCAGUUGGAUUACCAGGAUUUGAUGGCAUCAGAGGAGAUAAGGGUAUUAAAAGAUCAAUUAAAUUAGGUGGUCAAAGUAGUUUUAGAGAAAUUGUUUCUUUAAAGGGAACGUCUUAUGAAGUUAUUACAAUUAAGGGUGAUAUCGGUCCACCUGGAUUACCUGGUCCAUUAAAACUAGAAGAUUGGGAAACAAGGGUCAUAGAGUUGAAGGGUGAACCAGGUGAAGGUGGCCCACCAGGUCCACCAGGUGAAUUAGGACCAUCAGGAUUACCAGGAUUUGAUGGGGUACCUGGACCUCCAGGUGAUGUGGGACCUUCAGGACCAAUUGGACCACCUGGUCCAGCAGGGAAGGAUGGUUUACCUGGAGAGCCAGGUCAAAAAGGUGAAAGGGGGGGCCGUGGGGUUGGGUAUGACCCUGACGGAAAUUUUCCAGCUGGAUUCAUCCAGGGCCCUCCAGGUCCACCGGGCUUGCCUGGAAAAAAGAAUUGUGGGUCUGGUAAACGGCGCCGAACAUGCCGCAUGGAAGUACGAAACAUUGGUUCCGUUAAGAAGAAGAAUAAGAGAAAGAACCGUAGGAGUCGCAUGCCACGUAACCUCGAAGAGCUGAUCAAGGGUUCCAAGAUGGAGGGUGAUAUUGGUUUACCAGGCAUAGCUGGGCCCAAGGGCGAAUCUGGGGACAAGGGCAAAAGGGGAAAACGGGGGCGUAGAGGUCAUAAAGGUGAACACGGUCCCGAGGGUCGCGUAGGGUUCCCUGGACCCCAAGGUCCACCUGGAGAGAAGGGAGAUAAUGGAGGAAAAGGCAGUAUUGGGUUACCAGGACAACAGGGUAUUCAAGGUUAUACGGGUAGAAAUGGUAUGGAUGGUAGACCAGGAGAACCAGGCCCUCAGGGAGACAAAGGUGAAAAGGGCAAUAAUGGGGAUUCUGGUCCCCCAGGGUUAUCUGGUAUGAUUGGUCCCCCUGGAUUACCAGGCCCACCGGGUGAACCAGGAUCGUCUCUAGAUGGUAUUGUUGGCAGUGGUGAAGGGUUACCAGGACCACCAGGGCCUCCUGGACCAAUGGGACCAAUUGGUUUACAAGGCCCACCAGGUACAAAGGGUGAUAGAGGAUAUCCAGGACCAAAAGGAGAUCUCGGACCUAAAGGACCAGCUGGUGAAAGAGGAAUAUUCGGCCUGCCAGGUUCAAUUGGUGUCCAAGGCCCUCCAGGUCUACAAGGGCCCCCAGGGGCAAAGGGGGACAUUGGUGGCCCCGGCCCUGUGGGUCCCCCAGGUCCAGCAGGUAAAGGCAUGGCAGGAAAUGGUACCUGUAAUUGUGAGAAAGGGGACAGAGGAGAAAAAGGCUCAUUAGGUCAGAGGGGACGACGUGGUAAAAAAGGUCCAAAAGGAGCUAAAGGAGACCAGGGUCGAAGAGGUAGAAGGGGCAAGAGAGGUCCUAAGGGAGAAAAAGGAGAUCAGGGAAGUCCAGGAUUGGAUGCACCAUGUCCAAUCGGAGCAGACGGAUUAC